AUGAUCUUUUUACUAUUAUUCUCCAGUUAUCUUUUAUUUCUUUAUUCAAAAAUAGUAACAAUAACAGCAAUAACUACAACAACUGUUUCAAUAUGUCGAGAGAAUUUAAAAUGGAAUGUGAAAAAUCCAAUAAUAAUUCUAGGUACAAAUAUAAGCAAUGAUGAUGUUGAAUAUAGUGAAAAUGAUAGACGAUAUCUAAAUACGCCAAAUAGUUUGUAUUUAGAUGAACAAGAACAAAUUUUAUAUGUUUCAAAUCAAAAUGGAGCAGCAAUAAAACAAUUAUAUUUAAAAAAUUUAACGUUAAAAAAUAUUAUAACUAAUCAUAAAGAUGCAUUAAUGAAUCCAGAAGGUAUUUUUGUAAGUAAAAAAUUUCAACAAAUUUAUGUUGUUGAAGGAUGGCCACAUUAUCGUAUUCGUAUGUGGUCAACAACGAAACAACUCAAUAUAGAUAACAGUAAAACUGUUAUUAAAUUAAAUCCAUUUAAUAACCAUAUGCUAUCAAUUUGGGUUGACUCAAAAGGUUCUAUUUAUUUUGUUGAUCGUGAUAAUAAUCGUAUUAUUAAAGCAUUAUUCAAUGAUGAUGGUACAAAUAAAAACUUGACUGUUGUUGCUGGUGGUCAUGGGGCAGGCAAUAAACCAAAUCAAUUAAAUUUUCCAAAUUCAAUGUAUUUGGAUGAAACAAAUCAAGUUAUGUAUAUAUCAAAUAUGUGGGAAAAUACAAUACGAAAAUGGAAAUUAGGUUCAAAUAAAGGUGAAGUUAUUAUUGGUAAAUCUGGUGUUGAAGGUAAUUCAUCAACACUUAUGAACUGUCCAUCGAGUAUGACAUUGGAUGAAAAUAAUCAACAGUUAUAUGUUGUUGACGCAUGCAAUAAACGUAUUCAAAUAUUCUGUUUAAAACAAUCAUCAUCCUAUCCAUUGGUUGGUAAAACUAUCAUUCAAUUCUCAGAAGAUUUAUCAAUAAGUAGCAUAGCAUUAGAUAAGACAAAUUUUAAUUUAUAUGUUGCAACAGUUACACCAUCAACUGUAACAAAAUAUGAACUAGAAACAGUGAUUAAUAAUAAAAAUCAAGCAAAAUUAAAGAAAAAAACUAGCAUCAAAGAUAAGAAGAAGACGAAAAAGAAUUAA